UGGGCGCACACUGCCUUCCGGGACCGGACGCCAUUUCCAGCGGUUGCUGGUUCUGACGGGUUGCAGUCCGCCAGGACAAUGAGUUAUGACUACCAUCAGAACUGGGGCCGUGAUGGGGGGCCCCGCAGCUCCGGUGGGGGCUAUGGAGGGGGGCCGGCAGGGGGUCAUGGAGGGAACCGAGGCUCCGGAGGAGGCGGCGGCGGCGGAGGGGGUGGUCGAGGCGGCAGGGGCCGGCACCCUGGGCACCUGAAAGGCCGCGAAAUCGGCAUGUGGUACGCGAAAAAACAGGGACAGAAGAACAAGGAAGCGGAGAGACAAGAGAGAGCUGUAGUACACAUGGAUGAACGACGAGAAGAACAAAUUGUGCAGCUACUGAAUUCUGUUCAAGCGAAGAAUGAUAAAGAGUCGGAAGCACAGAUAUCCUGGUUUGCUCCUGAAGAUCAUGGAUAUGGUACUGAAGUUUCCACUAAGAACACACCAUGCUCAGAGAAGAAACUUGACAUCCAGGAAAAGAAGUUGAUAAACCAAGAAAAAAAAAUGUUUAGAAUCAGGAACAAAUCAUAUAUUGACCGAGAUUCUGAGUAUCUCUUGCAAGAAAAUGAGCCAGAUGGAACUUUAGACCAAAAAUUAUUGGAAGAUUUACAAAAGAAAAAAAAUGACCUUCGGUAUAUUGAAAUGCAGCAUUUCAGAGAAAAGCUGCCUUCAUAUGGAAUGCAAAAGGAAUUGGUAAAUUUAAUUGAUAAACAUCAGGUAACAGUAAUAAGUGGUGAAACUGGUUGUGGCAAAACCACUCAAGUUACUCAGUUCAUUUUGGAUAACUACAUUGAAAGAGGAAAAGGAUCUGCUUGUAGGAUCGUUUGUACUCAGCCAAGAAGAAUUAGUGCCAUUUCAGUUGCGGAAAGAGUGGCUGCAGAAAGGGCAGAAUCUUGUGGCAAUGGUAAUAGUACUGGAUAUCAAAUUCGUCUCCAGAGUCGGUUGCCAAGGAAACAGGGUUCUAUCUUAUACUGUACAACAGGAAUCAUCCUUCAGUGGCUCCAGUCAGACCCGUGUUUGUCCAGCGUUAGUCAUAUCGUACUUGAUGAAAUCCAUGAAAGAAACCUGCAGUCAGAUGUUUUAAUGACUGUUGUUAAAGAUCUUCUCAAUUUUCGAUCUGACUUGAAAGUAAUACUGAUGAGUGCAACAUUGAAUGCAGAAAAGUUUUCAGAAUAUUUUGGUAACUGUCCAAUGAUACAUAUACCUGGUUUUACCUUUCCGGUUGUGGAAUAUCUUUUGGAAGAUAUAAUUGAAAAAAUAAGGUAUGUUCCAGAACAAAAAGAACACAGAUCCCAGUUUAAGAGGGGUUUCAUGCAAGGGCAUGUAAACAGACAAGAAAAAGAAGAAAAAGAAGCAAUAUAUAAAGAACGUUGGCCAGAUUAUGUAAGGGAACUGCGAAGAAGGUAUUCUGCAAGUACUGUAGAUGUUAUAGAAAUGAUGGAUGAUGAUAAAGUUGAUCUCAAUUUGAUUGUUGCCCUUAUCCGAUACAUUGUUUUGGAAGAAGAGGAUGGUGCGAUACUGGUCUUUCUACCAGGCUGGGACAAUAUCAGCACUUUACAUGAUCUCUUGAUGUCACAAGUAAUGUUUAAAUCAGAUAAAUUUUUAAUUAUACCUUUACAUUCAUUGAUGCCUACAGUUAACCAGACACAGGUGUUUAAAAGAACCCCUCCUGGUGUUCGGAAAAUAGUAAUUGCUACCAACAUUGCGGAGACUAGCAUUACCAUAGACGAUGUCGUUUAUGUGAUAGAUGGAGGAAAAAUCAAAGAGACACAUUUUGAUACUCAGAACAAUAUCAGUACAAUGUCCGCUGAGUGGGUUAGUAAAGCUAAUGCCAAACAGAGAAAAGGUCGAGCUGGAAGAGUUCAACCUGGUCAUUGCUAUCAUCUGUAUAAUGGUCUUAGAGCAAGUCUUCUAGAUGACUAUCAACUGCCAGAAAUUUUGAGAACUCCUUUGGAAGAACUUUGUUUACAAAUAAAGAUUUUAAGGCUAGGUGGAAUUGCUUAUUUUCUGAGUAGGUUAAUGGAUCCACCAUCAAAUGAGGCAGUGUUGCUCUCCAUAAGACACCUGAUGGAGCUGAACGCUUUGGAUAAACAAGAAGAAUUGACACCUCUUGGAGUCCACUUGGCACGAUUACCCGUUGAGCCACAUAUUGGAAAAAUGAUUCUUUUUGGAGCUCUCUUCUGCUGCUUAGACCCAGUACUCACUAUUGCUGCUAGUCUCAGUUUCAAAGAUCCAUUUGUCAUUCCAUUGGGAAAAGAAAAGAUUGCAGAUGCAAGAAGAAAGGAAUUGGCAAAGGAUACUAGAAGUGAUCACUUAACAGUUGUGAAUGCAUUUGAGGGCUGGGAAGAGGCUAGACGACGUGGUUUCAGAUACGAAAAGGACUAUUGCUGGGAAUAUUUUCUGUCUUCAAACACACUGCAGAUGCUGCAUAACAUGAAAGGACAGUUUGCUGAGCAUCUUCUUGGAGCCGGAUUUGUAAGCAGUAGAAAUCCUAAAGAUCCAGAAUCUAAUAUAAAUUCAGAUAAUGAGAAGAUAAUUAAAGCUGUCAUCUGUGCUGGUUUAUAUCCCAAAGUUGCUAAAAUUCGACUAAAUUUGGGUAAAAAAAGAAAAAUGGUGAAAGUUUACACAAAAACUGAUGGCCUGGUUGCUAUUCAUCCUAAAUCUGUUAAUGUGGAGCAAACAGACUUUCACUACAACUGGCUUAUCUAUCACCUGAAGAUGAGAACAAGCAGUAUAUAUUUGUAUGACUGCACAGAGGUUUCCCCAUACUGUCUCUUGUUUUUUGGAGGUGAUAUUUCCAUCCAGAAGGAUAACGAUCAGGAAACUAUUGCUGUAGAUGAGUGGAUUGUAUUUCAGUCUCCAGCAAGAAUUGCCCAUCUUGUUAAGGAAUUAAGAAAGGAGCUAGAUAUUCUUCUGCAAGAGAAGAUUGAAAGUCCUCAUCCUGUAGACUGGAAUGACACUAAAUCCAGAGACUGUGCAGUGCUGUCAGCUAUUAUAGACUUGAUCAAAACACAGGAAAAGGCAACUCCCAGGAACUUUCCGCCACGAUUCCAGGAUGGAUAUUACAGCUGACAGCUUUGCAGGGGUGGUCUGAAAAGUCUGUUUGACAGCCAUUCUUCAUCAUUGUUUAAAUUUUGGCUGGAUGCCAAAUCCUGGGACGUGACCAAUUUUCAUGUGUAAGGUAGAAACUUUCAGUAGGUAGUAAAGACUUAAUGUGCAUGACAUGAUGUUAUAUGGAACUAUUUCACACAUACAUAUACACACACACACACACACACACACACCCCCCCGUAAAAACAAUAUGUUCUCUGAUCAUAUACUCUGCUGUGGUCAUGCCCACUCUUUGGGAGUAUAUUCCCUUUAUUUAUAUUGAGUAUUGUCCACUUGAGAAAUUCCUUUGUCCUGUUAUACAAAAUUAAUCUUUCUUACAAUGAUUGAUGAUACCACCAGUAAAAAUAGGAUGUUUACCCAAAAAAACAGUGUCAAUUAAGAAUUUGAACACAACCACAUUUUUGAAAAUGAAACUUCUAUCGGAAGUAAAUUAAUUUGUUGUAAUAAAGUCCAGUAUUUAAUAAAAUGUACAAUGUUAAAUCUCAGCCAACUUCUUGGAUUGGUUUCUACAUUUCCACCUAUGGCUUGGUUCAUUUGCUGUGUUUACUAUUUUUAAAACAUGUGCCUUUUUUACAUCACCCUGUAGCAGCAUAAUAUAGCAAUUGAGAGCAUGGUCUGAAGCCUGAUUACCUUGGUUCCAGUCUCAGCUCUGUCACUUAGUCUUGGCUUCUCUCUCUUUUACCUUGUCUGUAAGAUACAGUUGGCCCUCCAUAUCCAUGUGUUCCACAUCUGUGGAUUCAAACAACUGUGGAUAGAAGAUAUUUGAAAAAAGAAAAGGAUGGUUGUGUCUGUACUGAACAUGUGCAGACUUUUUUUCCUUGUCAUUCCCUAAACAAUACAGUUUAAUAGCUAUUUAUAUAGUAUUUACAUUGUAUUAGGUAUUGUAAAUAAUCUAGUGAUGACUUAAAGUAUAUGGGAGGUUGUGCCUAGGUAACAUGCAAAUACAUAGUAUGCCAUUUUAUAUAAAAGACUUGAGCAUCCAUGGAUUUUGGUAUUUGAGGGGUUGAGGUUGGAAACCAGUCCCCCACAGAUACUGAGGGAUGACUGUAAAGGUAACAGUUGUGAGGAUGAAAUACAUUAAUACAUGUACAGCACAUAGGCUAGUGCCUGGCACAUAGCCUAGUGCCUGUACUCUCUGAAUCUUAGUUGUUAGUUGUCCCUGAAGUAUUUUCGUAAAUGUCUAACGAUCUAUUUUAUUACACUUUUUAUUUUAUUGCUACUUACCUUCUUAGCCAAGGAAUAGUGUAACAACACAUGCUGUACAUUUUCAGCCCUAUCAGAUAGUGAUAAAUACUGUUGGUUGCUGGCCAGCAACUAUUUUGUCCCUCCCUUCUUUUUGCUUAUUUGGGUUCCCCUCUGUGCAGCUUUGUGCCCAGGUAUGUUGGACCCUUUCCCCAAGAGUGAAUCUUGCUGUUCUAAAUGAAUCACAUGUGGUCUUAUCCCCCUUAGAAAUAAUUGAUAAGGUGUGAGUACAUAAACAUGUCCCAGUGAAUGGCAGCUGAGAAGUGAUCUUCAAGAGGGUGUCUGAAAAAUGUUUUACUCACUAAUAGAGGAGGAAAUCCUGCUCUCUCUGGAUGUUGUCUUGUCUGACUCUGAUAGUUGGAACUGCUGCAGCCAACUAAUGAUCACAAGGGGACACAGACUCAUAGACUGAGGCUGGCUUAGUGGAAAGAUAGAACUCAGCAGAGCCUUUGAUAAUGCUGGUAAGCUACAGAAUUAAUCCAUUCUAGAACUGUUCUACAUGUGAACUUAUUUUGAUAUGAUAAAAACCCUUCAAUUGUUUAAGCCACUUUUCAUAGGAUAUUGUUAGUUUUUUGUUUGUUUUUUGGAGACAGUGUCUUGCCCUGUCACCCAGGCUGGAGUGCAGUGGUAUGAUCUCAGUUCACUGCAGCCUCGACUUCCUGGGUUCAAGUGAUCCUCCUGCCUCAGCCUCCCAAGUAGCUGGGACUACAGGCUUACACCACCACACCUAGCUAAUUUAUGUAUUUUUUGGUAGAGACACUGUUUCACCAUGUUGCCCAGGCUGGUCUCAAACUCCUGUGCUCAAGUAAUUUGCCCACCUUGGCUUCCAAAAGUGCUGGCAUUACAGGUAUCAGCCACUCCACCUGGUCCCUAGUAGGGUAUUUUUAACUUGGCAAAAAGGAUGUUAAUCGGAAACAUACACUAUCCAUCACUGAGUAUUAUUAUUGAUUUUGCAAUAUAAGAAUUUCAACGUAUUUGUCUGACAGAAGGUGUAAAAGUGCUGGACAUGCUGCAGAGAGAAACAGGAAAAGUACCUUUCUGCACUCU